GCACAAGUCAUUUCUCAAGACAUCUACUUGACCCAAGGCAGGGUGGCUAAAACGCUAAACCUCAUAGUUUUAAAGCUUAAACUAAAGGGCGUAAAAGCUACUUGAAGCUAAUUCCAAAACCAGGCAGCUACGCCACACUAUUUCUGCGAAUAAUCAGAGAGUCUCACCCUCAAUCGCGAGCGGGCAUCCAGAGAUCGGACGAUUCAACGAUGAGUCCAAACGAUACCCACGGUAGGCAAGGCAGUCAAAUCGUGGUUGCAGCAACCGCACACUGGCCUCCACCGAUAUUGCUGGUGUGGAAGAGAGACUGCGGCGAGUACAGGCAAGUUCCCUUGACCAUGGAGAGCAUUGAAUACAGAUUCAACGCCGUAGCUAAGUUGGACGAUCCUGCGCCUCUAGUCCAUAGCAAAAUCUGGGAGGAUGUUGAGCGGACUGUAUAUUGCACACACAUCACAGCAAAAGCCCCUCUAGGAGCUACGUACUGCAUUCAUCAAAUUCGUCAUGCAAGUCCAGAAAUACGAGCACUCUACUUCCCACCAUACCCUGCUUGGUACAAUCCAGCAACCUUCAAUUUCGACGCACCUCCCAACAUGCAGGAACACUACCCAAGGUUUGGAUAUAGAGAACAGUCCGAGGAAGGUCGGCCUGAAGUCUCAGAUGAAGAACAACCGCCGGAAAAUGGUCAUAGAGCUGGGUAGGAGGAAGGUGAGCCAAUGGCAAUGCAUGGUCAAGAUGUCUCAAUGGUAUGUACAAAACCCCGGGGCUGCUUCACCGCCACCAAGGACUAGAACCACGGACAAGGUACACCCACAAGAAGUCGAAAUCAUCGCAAGAUUGACAAAAAGCAAGAAAAUGAAGACAUGAACUACUUUAUGGACCUCCACACUAUGGGUGUACUGCGACUCGUGGAUCUUCCUUACCGGAUCAGAUAAAAUUCGACCAUUUCAGGAUACAGGGAAAGCCAUGGCAGAUACAAGAACGCGACUGGACAUAUGAAACUGAGAUGAAUGGGGGGCCUAUACAUCCGCCAAGCUGGAGGAACAGAGGUUAGGGUAAUCGAUCUAGUGGCUAGGGAGUCAAUCAUGGAGCACACAUUCAGGGUGAUGGGGACGGAGAUGUCAGUACAGGAACAUUGGUUGAAAUUUGCAUCGUAGCACCAGCAGCAGCACAUAAAGAACUGUUUGAAACUCCG